AUGAGCAGCCAACACCAGUAUAUGACGGUGAAGAAUACUCCCAGUACUCGCGUGGGAGAUAUUGAACACAUAAGUCACUUGUCAGAACACAUUGGAUCGCUCUGUCUGUCAUCGGAGUAUUCAGAUGUAACGCUUAUAGUAGAGGGGCAGCGAAUUCCCGCCCACAAGGUGAUCCUCGCAGCAAGUAGUGACUAUUUCAGAGCUCUGCUAUAUGGAGGCAUGAGAGAAGCCAACCAGGCUGAAGUUGAGCUGCAAGCACCAUUACAGGCUUUUAAGGCUCUUUUGCGAUAUGUUUACUCUGGUCAUAUGGGACUAUCACUGCUACGCGAGGACACCGUUUUGGAUAUGCUGGGCCUGGCUCAUCAGUUCAACUUCCAGGAGCUGGAGGCCGCCAUCUCGGACUAUUUGCGCCAGAUCCUCGCAUUGAGAAACGUAUGUGCGGUGCUGGAUGCUGCCAGGCUCUACGGGCUGAAUGCGCUAAUGGAUUAUUGCUACAACUUUUUGGAUAGGAACGCCACCGAGGUGCUCCAGCACGAUUCCUUUCUGCAACUAUCCGUUGAAGCACUACAAGGCCUCCUGGAACGCGACUCGUUCUUUGCGCCGGAGGUGGAUAUCUUCAAGGCGGUGUGCAGCUGGUUCAAUGCCAACCAGCAGUGGGUGAAGUCCGAAAACGGCAUGAUGCAGGUUGAGAAGAUCCUGAAGUGUGUCCGUCUGACGCUGAUGAGCUUGGAGGAGUUGCUGACGGUAGUCCGGCCUUUCUCGUUGGUGACACCUGAUAUGUUGUUGGACGCCAUACAGGAGAAGACGCAGACGAAGAGCACCGAGCUACGUCAUCGUGGCUUGUUAUUGCCGGAGGAGAACGUGGCGACUCCGAAGCGUGGUGCUCGUGUGCUUUCGGGCGACAUGCGCUCGGCGCUGCUGGACGGCGACACGGAGAACUACGACAUGGAGCGCGGCUACACGCGCCACAACAUCAGCGACGCCGCCGACAGCCCCGGCAUCCUGGUGCGCCUGCCCGCCAACACCAUCCUCAACCACAUCCGCCUGCUCCUGUGGGACCGCGACAACAGAUCAUAUGCGUACUACAUCGAGGUGUCUGUGGACCAGAAGGACUGGGUGCGCGUGAUUGACCACAGUACCUACUUCUGUCGCUCCUGGCAAAAUCUCUACUUCGAGGCCAGAGUUGUCCAGUAUAUCAAACUAGUAGGCACUAGUAACACUGUUAACAAGGUUUUCCAUGCGGUGGCGCUGGAGGCGAUGUACACGGCGAAAGUUCCGCCGCUGUGCAACGGUCUGGUGCGGCCCACGCACAACGUGGCCACUGUCGACCUGUCUGCCGUCGUCAUCGAGGGCAUCAGCCGGUCGCGCAACGCGCUGCUGAACGGCGACACGGAGCACUACGACUGGGAGCAGGGCUACACGUGCCACCAGCUGGGCUCGGGCGCCAUCGUGGUGCAGCUGGCGCAGCCCUACAUGCUGGGCUCGCUGCGCAUGCUGCUGUGGGACUGCGACUACCGCCACUACUCCUACUACGUCGAGACCUCGCUCAACUACUGGCACUGGGACAUGGUCGCUGACCGCACCCACGACCACUGCAGGUCGUGGCAAGUGAUUUACUUCUCCCCGCGUCCCGUUUCCAUUAUACGCAUUGUCGGCACACACAACUCUGUCAAUGAGGUGUUCCACCUGGUGCACUUGGAGUGCCCGGCGCAGGUGGAGGAGCCGCGCGACGACCCCGCCGCCAAGAAGCAGCGCGCCGACGUGCCCGAGCGGCCCUCGCGGCACAGCUCCGCAGGUGGCAGCAUGAGUCCUGAUCGUGCUCGUCCAGCAUCUCCCACGGGCUCCGCUGGCUCUCUGGGCUCGGCGAGCUCAGCCGGAUUGGCUCGCUCUGCUGGCUCGACGGGAUCGGCUGGCUCUCGCCGCAGCAUUCCGCCGGCCGAGACCGCCAAAGAAGCCGCCGAAAGUUACGACGAUUGA